CAACGAACGCCGUCCUGCCUCUACUUGACCUCUUCCACAACCUGAGGCACUGCAUAUCCACAACAUUGCUGCAUUGUGCGGAAGAAUUCUACGCUUGCUUCAUCUCUUAUGGCGACCGUCGACGUGCCUUCGCGCGUAUCCUCCGACAGCAGGCAGCAGGCUAGCGCUGCACGCGAGGUCAUUGAUGUCGAUUCGUUUGACGACGACGAGGUCACAAUCUUGGAUGGCCCACUCCCGUACCGGCACAGUACAGGCUCAGUUCCUCAUAUCACUGGCGCCAGAGGGCCCUCAGGGUCGAGCUCCGCAUCAGCCAUCUUCGUGGAGAGUGAUGAUGAAGUAGAGGUUACACGGGUAGAGAAUGCGCACGCACGCCGCCGAUUCUUGUCUCCUCCACCGAGGCCUAUCCAACCUCUAUACAUCCCGCCUGUUCCUCCUAUUCCACGCAACCUCGCCGGCCACAGCUCAUUCCCCGCUCGCCUUGGAAGACGAGAGGGUGCGCCGCCUCCCGCUAUCCGUCCAAUUGCGCGCCCCUUUCCUUUUGAGGCCCGUCUGGGCCAGCCGCUUGCGCGCGGCCACACCCCACCUGUUGAUGUGCCACAUCCUGCCCCAGCGGCUCGGUCUCAUCACCAACCGGUUAUGGGAUUGGGUGGUGCCCUGAUCGCUUUCAACAGGCAAAAUUUCAUAGCGGAAGUGAACAGACAGCGCGAGGAGGCCGUGCAACUUGAAGAGAUGCGGCUCCCAGAGCGAGGUUGGCGCCGACUCCUUCCGGACAUUGUCAAUAACUGGUGGGACGGUCCAGAACCAGCGCCACAACGCCGUCUUCCAGGACAAGCCGAGAUCUAUCCCGGUGGUCUAAUGCUCAAUGAACCCAUUAACGAUCUCGAAGACCUCGAAUUUAUCCGAGAUAUACUAGACGACGACCGAUUUGGAGUCCCUCGUGGUCCUCUUGCAGUGGUCGAACGGCCAAGAGAGCAACAUUACAAGCCAAGCUACACCCAUCCAGACAAACCUGUGCCUGGGUUUACAUUCGACUUCGCCCCGUCGGAAGUGCCGUCUACUUCUGCGACAUCGUCCUCCAUUAUCGUUCUGAAUGACGAUGGCGAGAUCACCGAAGGUCCGAGCAGGACGUCGGCAAACUCGAGCGUGGUCGAGGCGUCUGCCAGUCUGGUCUGCGCACGUUGCAAUGACCCCCUCUCUCUGACAGCCGAGAGUGCAGCCCCGGAAGAGGAGAUUGCGAGGAGGAGGAUCUGGGGGCUUCGGUGUGGCCAUAUGCUGGAUGGCAAGUGCGUACAAGAGCUCAUGAGCCCACCUGCGCCUCCUCCUCCUCCUCCUCCUCCUCCUCCCCCAGCAGAUGUCCAGGAGGCGAUGGAUGAUCCCAAGGGCAAGGGUAAGGCGCGGGACGUCUCUCAUGCCGAUAUCGCCAUGGACAUCGGCGAGCCGGACCUGCCAGUAUCUAGUACAGGCAAGAGACGAGGGGCAGGGAAAGAGGCGACCACGUCCAGGAAGGGCAAGCGGAAGGCGGCAGAGAUGCUCCACCCAGAAUCGGAUCCGCCCCUAGCAGACGCACCGGGGCCGGUUAGCGCAGAUGUUCCACCCGAAGACAACUCAAUACGUUCUCGUCUACGCCCUCGACAUCCCCGCCAGGCUUCGCACGCCGUGGCACACGAACCUAUUGCGGAAAGUGUCCCUUCGCCGCUAUCUCCUGCACGUCUCGUCGGUGCCUCGCCCCGGCGGCGAGGUCGUGGAUCUUCAUCCACAACGCGCGUUCGCGGGAAGGGGAAGGGGAAGGCCAAACCAACUAUUGAAGCUGUACACCAGUGGACCUGCCCCGUGGCCGGUUGCGGUCACGUACACGCCAGCAUUCGUGUAGAUGGAGAGUGGAAGAUGAAUCCGCAGGAAGGAGCGAUCAGUUUGUUCAUCUAGUUUGUAGGAUGUAUCAUGGACGACAGUGGUUGGGAUCAGUUUGACACUCGACGCAUCAUUUUGACACAAUGAAUAUUGUCUUGCUCUCACCCGAAGGGGUACCGUGGUACGUCCGUCUGGAUUUUACUUGAAGCCCUCUGGACCGCCG